GGCAAGAAGGGAAAUGCGUAGUCUGAUAGAGCUGGGGCAGAGGCUGUACUUGUUAGACAAUAGUGGAUUCACAGUGGUGUGAGAGUAGAGGAGUAGACACGUCUGAAAGGACAGAGAAUUUCAAAGAUUGAGGGGAAAAAAGAGCUGCUAUGAUGAUACCUACAUCUGCAAACUGUGUCUUACUCCAGGCAGCUGCCAUUUCUAUGCUGAUCUGUGUGUUGCUACAGGGGGCCCAGGCAGGAGUGGUGGGGGACUUUAACCAUGAGGAACGCUGUAAGGACUCUCUGUACAUGGGUACUCCACCUCGAGGCUACCUUGGCACCUCCUUUAAGAAGAUCUGCCAGAGGUAUGGGGAUCAACCCCACUAUGUCACCCUGUACGACCCCCAUAGACACAUCCCCAUCUAUUCUGCCUAUACAUUCAAGAAGUCAGAUGGGGAAAAGAGGGUGGACUUCCCUUGGAUGUUUGAGCCCCAGUUGGCCUCAGAUAAAGGCAGCAGUAACAUGGAGCCCUUCCCACAAUCUUCAGGCAUGCAUAUGAACUUUGAGGACACCCAAGCAGUCCUAGAGGACUACGCUGAUGUGGUUCAAUACGAACGUGGCCAACUAAAUCCUGAUGAGCAUCAGGCUGACCCUCUAGAUAAAGCCUCCACCUACAGCUUGACGAAUGUGGUACCUCAGAUCAGAGAGUUCAACUUGGGUCCCUGGGCAGAACACCAGGACCUCAUCCGCAAGCGCCUCAACAACUACUGCCGAGGCAAAGCCUUUGUGGUCACUGGGGUCACCACCUCUGGGCAUACGAUCCGUCGCAACAACCUGGACCGGGUGGCUGUACCGGAAUACAUGUGGUCGGCCUACUGCUGCACCGAGUUUGACCAAAAUGCACCAUACUUUAUACGCUACAAGUUCCCGGUGUUCGGAGCUUAUGGGCUGAAUGAUCGCAUCAACAACCAUAUGGUCGAAGUUCCUCUCAAGAACCUGGAGAAGUUCCUCAAGGGGAGGAUGGAUGUGGAUAAGAACUUCCAGAUUUUCUAUAAUGACUGUGUGCCAGAUAACUAAAAUAAAAUGGGUGUGAUCUCUCUUAUAAUCAAAGAUUUGAGUGUAUUAGAAAUGUAGCACUUGACUGUAGAGAGGUUUGGGAUUAUUGCAGCUAAAAAAUAUACAUAGAACUGAGAUGGGUUGUCAAAUUAUAUAUUGUGAGCAAUAAAUUAAGAAUUGCGGA